UCCAAGAAGUGAGCGAAGCAUUUACGUUUAUUUUAGUUGCUAAGACUAAUUUCGAAUGGUUUUUGUGAACUGAUAAAUUUUCUUGUUUGUUUCCUAUUGUUUUGUAGAUCAUUACUCAUCCUACGUUUACACAAUUGCUUGCACACUUUUGUACAAAAUUCUUUUCAUUCCUUCGUAAUGGAUAUGCUUGGUGUAUCUGAAGAAAAGAGGCAGGUGCCGAAAAUGUUACAAAAUAUCCUGAGAUAUGACGUUCAAGUCACCAAGAAGUUUGUGGAAAUGGCCCUGAAGACAUCUCCGUUACGAUCACUUCGUAAUCAUGCAAAACUUUUGGAGGUCUCCUGCCAUGGCAUUGUCUGGCUGGCUGGAUGGCUCUCAUUUAUUUGGUUAUUCAAUAACAAAGAGCUUUAUCAAAUACAAGUCAAUAUGUUAAUUGCAUUAAUUCUAGAUAUCAUAGUCAUCGCAGUCAUUAAAGCGUUUGUGAGAAGACGAAGACCGGUCCCAAUGAACAAACUCACAGAAAUAGGGCCCGACAAAUAUUCAUUUCCCUCCGGACAUGCUAGCAGGGCCACGUUGAUUGCAUUUAUUCUGAUGUACCAGGAUCCCAUUUCGUUCAUAUUCUACCCCCCUCUUCUUGCUUGGGUCACGUCUGUGGCGUUGUCCAGAAUUCUGCUGGAGAGGCAUUAUAUUCUGGAUGUACUGGGUGGCUUUGGAAUAGGCAUUUUAGAAGGACUUGUAAUGUGCAUAGUAUGGUUCUCUCAGAGCACAUCUUCAAGCAUUUUGGCCUCACUUUCUGAUGAGAAACGCGAUGGAGGAGAAUUUCACGUUUAGAUUUAGUACAAAAGCACUUUACAUUGAAAUGAAAUGAAAAUGAAUGAAAUGAGCAUUAUGUUUGAUAACUUAUAAAAAAGUUCAAUGCAGUGUCUUAAAUCUAAGAGUGUAAUUAUGUUGUACCUUUAAAUAAUACUUAACUUCUGUUAUUGCAUUUGGAAGCUAACUUUAGUAUUGUUAAAACCCCAGUAAAUUAUAAGUGUUUGAUCCUAUUAAUAUAAAACAAAACAGUUAGUUCCCUAGUCAUAUUUAACGUUAUUUGUUGCUUCAUACUGUAAUUAAUAUAUCUGACGAUUGUAAUUUGUUUGAUAACAUAGUUAUGUAUUUAAUUAUAUGAAUAAAAUAUUUUAUUGUGCAU